AUGACAAGAUUCACUGAAACAACUACAGAGAUACCUAAUUUAAACCCGGAAGUCCACCUGCAUGCCUUAAAGAGUGGGCUACGCCUUGGAAAAUUCCAGGAGACUAUAGUCAUAAAAAAAACUAAAAACCUAGCCGAAUUCAAAGAGAAAGCAACAAGCCAGAUCAAAAUAAAGAAACUCCGGCAACUCCGAAAGACAGAGAAACCCGUUUCGAAUAAAGAGGAUGAAAAACAGAACAAACAUGCAAAUAGUAGAACAGACCAAAGGCCAUUCAAGCUUAUGCCAAAGUUCGACAGUUACACUCCCCUCAACACAAAAAGAGAAGACAUUAUUAGGGACAUCUUGCAUUCCAAACUCAUUAAACCCCCAAACAAAGCAGGCAUAUACCAAGAUCAAUGGCAUGUAGACAGAUCCAGAUACUGUACUUUUCAUCAGAAAUACAGGCAUACAACAGACGACUGCAUUAUAGCCAAAGACCUCCUUGAGAAGCUAGCACGCCAAGGUCUGUUAGACAAAUACAUAGAUACUCGAGGACGAAAGCGAAACACGGAGGAUUUCGGCCAACAUUCUAAAGCGGCCAAAAAUCCUCGAGAUAAAGGAAAAAAGGAUAACAAAGUAAUCAAAAUUCAUGGUGACGAAAGAGAGGCUAGGCAAUGGUACAAUGCAAGCCUAAAGGUCGAGUACUCAAGACAGCCCGAGUAA